AUGGCGAGGCCACGGGAGGCGAUUGCUGAAUGCCUUUCUGAAUUGCAAUCUGAAUCUCAAGAGAAUCAGCAGAAAGCUCUGCUAACAUUGGUUUCAAUCACAAAGGUGAGCCCUCAAAAUCGGAACUUGUUAGCGCAAACAAAUGGUGUUGUUUCUACCUUGCUCAGCCUAUCGAUGUCUCCAUCAUCAACUACUAUUCAGCUUCUCGCGCUCUCAAUUCUAUUCAAUCUCUCACUCAAUCCUAAUCUCAAGCAAACUCUAGCAGACAUGGAGAAAAUCCUGUUUCUCAAUUCGGUGAUUAUGUCUUCGACUUCAGCUGAACCAAGUAGGAUAGCAGCUUCACUUCUAUGUAGUUUGGCAAUGUUAGAUAAAAACAAGGCAAAAUUUGGUGUGGCUGGAACGGUUGAGGCUCUAGUUAAGGUCAUCUCGAGGUCACGAGGCCCUGCUUCGCAUCAUUUCCUGAGUACAUUGGCUGAAUUGGUGCAGUUUCAUGGGAAUUGCACGGUGGCUGUUCAAUCAGGGGCAGUUCCGGUGCUGAUCAAGUUGGUGGAAGAUUCUGAUUGCGAGGAUCUUGCUGGAACAUCCUUGGCGAUACUAUGCUUGCUUGCGAGGUUUGAAGAGGGACUAACUGCUUUGAAAGAGAUAGAUAAAAUUGUGGCAUUACUAAUCGAAAUUUUGAAGGGAAAGUGUAUGUUGAGUAAAGAGGGAGCUGCUGAUAUUCUACUCCGUUUAUUCGAAGAAAGUGAGGGAUGCAUAAGAGAUGCUUUGAGGCUGCCUGAGUUUUCAUCUGUGCUAGCUGAUCUCUCGGUUCGAGGGUCAGUGAAAGCUCGAGAGAAGGCUAGUUUACUCAUGAAGAAACUAAUGGAAGCUAACAUGGAUGUUGUUUAUGGUGAUACUGGCAACAAAACAGCUGCAUAUUUGCAAUGCAAUGAAGAUUUUGUUGGAGAAAUUGUUUCAGAGAGGUUCUCUGUGUCGAGACGUAGAUUUGAUGGAGGAGAUUAUGGAGAAGAGAUGCAAGAUCCUAAAGAUUAUGUGAAGAAGAUCGGAUUCGGAAGUCAGCAAGAUCCUGAUUUAGGUCCCGAACAGCAGCUAGGUUUGGGUGGUGUUUCUUUCUAUUUAUCUUUUGUUGGUGUAGCUAUUGUUUGUUCUCUUUUGGCACUUGUUGUGUAG